CGUAUUUUUUGCACUCUUAUGAUCUUUUUGUCUUAAGAUAUUACCGAUUGAGGGAUAUAUAUUCUUCUUCUUUUUUAGAUCCGCUCGCCCUCCGAAGGAUAUAUAUCUCUGGGCCAACGGAUUGCGCAUACGUGGGGACAUGUUCCGGUCAUGUUUCACGCGCAAGAAUCCCACGGGACGGGUUAUGUGGUAUGAGAAGUCCUAUGCUCGCCUGAUAAGGACAGCGGGGAUUCCGCCGAAGGAGUUCUUCCCAAGAGGUUGGUGGGACGAACUCACUUGUAAGUACGAAUGGCUGAAGGAACAGCCGUGGUCCAGCAAACCGGCGCAAGCGCUCAUUGCCACAUUGAAACCCGAGAUCCUGGAUGGGAUGAAGAGAAUGGUCGAGACGGGGGACUUUCCGAAUUUUUUCUGCAUGAUUGGAUUUAGUGAUGUUGCUAAUCUUGCGUGUGUCUGGGAUCUAGGGAAGGACGCCUUUGUUGCCAAACUCCUAGACACUGCUGUGUGCUUAGAAAAGAAGAAAACGAAUUAUGAGAAAGAAUGCUUGGAACUGCCAGCCAGAACCGCUAAAGUUGAGCAAAUGUUUGUUAAGAUUUGGGGAUUAGAUCACUCGCAUCUACAGGGGCAGGCCGCCGCGACACCGGCGGUCGGCUGCACCAUCGCAGGAGCACUCACCAUGGACGAUAAAGAGAUGGCUGAGUUAAACGCAGCCAUAGCCGCAGUAACCGCUACUGCUAGCUGCACCCCGGAGAAAGCCUCAUCCUCCCAAGGAAGGCAAUACACUGCAUUUGCUCCACUUCCAUCCCUGCACGAGGUUGAGCACACUAGUACGGGGUUCACGCAUGCGCUGUGGAAACUCGAUACUUUUAAUCAUCUUGCUCCGUUCUCGGUGAUGGGGGAGAGGUCGGCAACUUGGCUAGAGGAUGUGGUCAUCGGGUGGCGAUAUGGCGAAGCUUUAGGCGCCGAGGUUUGUAAACCGGUGAGGGUAUUCAGGAAGUUCAGGAUGAACGGGUGGGAGGCAAGGUAUGUACCAGAGUUCUGCCAGUACGGCACAGGGAGGCAUGCUGAGUUCCCCAACACGGUCACCAUCAAGAUGCUCCCGGAAGAAGGUACCUUACACGUCUUCACGAAUGAUACCGGCAUAAUGAACAACGGCCAGUUGCAGCUCAUGCUUAAUGCGGGCCUAAAUCACAUCCCGCUCAGGUCGCUCGAUGAGGAGUUUACGAUGGACGAGGUCGAGGUGGCACUGGAUAAGAUACUCACCACACAGAGAUGCGAUGAAGAGCUGUCCUUGGGGGAGGACCGGCAAGUGAAGGUGAUCGUACGAGAGAACGCGAUGAAGUUCAUUAGGAACUUUCGUACGAAGCGUAUGCAUAUCUUAGGCGAACCCAUCAAUAGCAUGGCAGUAAGGGGCGAGAUCGAGUGGCUGACGAGCAGGUAUGGCACUCCCACUCCCGCACCUCAUGACGGUGUACAAGGCGGACAAGCAAUCCUUCAGAUGGAUUACGAACACGACGGGUUCGGUGCUCUCCCCGGUAGCAGACGUUUGCGAGUGUCUGCUGAAGCUCCUGGCAGGGUAUGUUCAGGCCCUCUGCACAAGUAAGAGCGAAGAGGUUCCAAGCAUC